AUGCCUAUUGUGCAAUUCACACCACUCUCCUCGCUUGUUCAGCCUGCCUUCUGGCACGCGCUCACAGACCUCAAGAUUGAUGUUCUCCGUCUUUCUGACGACGCGGUCCCCGUCUCUGGCUCGUAUUCCAUUGGGAGAUCGGUCAAGGAUCGCGAAACUGGCGUUGAGAUAGCCCUCGGUUGCAAUCUCGUCGUAGGGGGAGAGUCGUUCGCGCAGAAUGCACAAUCGCCUGCGCAUGCUGUACCAGCAACCGGAGUUUUCAAGAACUACAAUACCAUCGAAGAGUUCAAGGCCGCCGAUAAGACUGCGCUCUUCAACGCGGUCACCGACGACAUCUGGCGGAGCAUCACCGUCGACCGCUCAACGGCGCAGCUCACACGCUUCCUGUUGAUCACCUUCGCAGACCUGAAGAAGUACAAGUACUACUACUGGUUCGCGUUCCCCGCCUUCGCUGCUAAGCCCGCAUGGGAGAUCGACGGCGGGUGGGGGCCCGCGAGCGACGUGUACGGAGAGUCCUUCCUCUCGGGCAUCCAUGCCGCGCUCAGCAUCGCACCUCGCGCAUUCUUCCUCGUGAAGCCAUCCAAGAAUGGCAGCCCGCCAGAGAUUGCGCCUGUGGAGGAAUACGACACAUUCUUCGCAGACGUCCCGCCUGAGGAACGCACCGUUGCGUUCCUGGAUCCCUCGGCCGCACCCACGAAUCCCGGGUGGCCGCUCCGCAAUCUCCUCGUGUACCUCGCCGUGCACCACCCAGCGUCGCAGCACCGUAUCCUUUGCUGGCGUGACAGCGAGGGCGCGGUGCAUGGCGGGGCAUCGCGCAGUCUUGUCGGUGUACUGCGCGGGCCGAGCAGCAAGCUAGAAGAGAAGCCCGCGGCAGUGGGCUGGGAGAAGAACGUACAGGGCAAGCUCGGCCCGCGCGUGGCAGAUCUUGCGCCGAUGAUGGACCCGACAAGAUUGGCGGACCAGGCGGUGGACCUAAACCUGAAGCUCAUGCGCUGGCGCAUUCUACCGGCACUGGAUCUCGAGAAGGUCGCGAACACCAAAUGUCUCCUUCUCGGCGCAGGCACGCUCGGGUGUUAUGUCGCGCGCACGCUGAUGGGCUGGGGUGUGCGGAAGAUCACACUGGUCGACUCCGCACGCGUCUCGUUCUCGAAUCCAGUGCGGCAGCCGCUCUUCGACUUCGAAGAUUGCCUCAAUGGCGGCAAGCCCAAGGCUGCGUGCGCCGCCGAGAAGCUCAAGAAGAUUUUCCCUGGUGUGAACUCAGCGGGCUAUAACCUCAGUAUACCCAUGCCCGGCCAUCCGAUACCCCCCGCCUCUACGGAACAGGCCCGCAAGGACGUCGAGACGCUCGAGAAACUCGUGGACGAGCACGACGUAGUAUUCCUCCUCAUGGACUCCAGGGAAAGCCGAUGGCUGCCGACAGUACUCGGCGCAGCGAAGGGAAAGAUCGUCAUGAACGCUGCGCUCGGCUUCGAUACCUUCCUCGUCAUGCGCCACGGUGCCCGGGCGACGCACGCAUCCGGGAAGCGUCUCGGGUGUUAUUACUGCAACGACAUCGUUGCACCAGCUGAUUCGCUCACGGAUCGGACGCUCGACCAAAUGUGCACGGUGACCCGGCCAGGCCUCGCCUCAAUUGCGGCGUCCACAGCAGUCGAGCUGCUCGUCUCGCUCCUACAACACCCUGACGGCAUCAACGCACCGGCACCCCCGCCACAAACCACGUCGGGUGCAGAUGCAGGAGACGCGUCUGCGUCCGAGGGCGUUCUGGGGAUUGUACCGCACCAGCUUCGCGGCUUCCUUGCGCAGUUCCGCAACAUGCCUAUCGCCGGCGCGGCAUAUGACAGGUGCACAGGUUGCAGCGAGACGGUCCUCCAAGCGUACGAGAUGCAAGGCUUCGACAUGCUAUUGAAGGCAUUCAACGAGCAAGGAUACCUCGAGACACUGACUGGUCUGGACAAGCUGUAUGAUGAAACCCAGGCCGCGUUAGAGAGCGGGUGGGAUGAGGAGGGCGGAGGAGAUGAUGAUUUCUGA